UAGAAGUAAGUAACCUAGCUUGAACCAUUUAUGUUUCCUUUCAGACGUGAAAAAUAAUUUAAAUUAGCUUCCGUGUUUAAUCCAAGAAAAGAAUAAAAACUAAUGCGUUGAAGCUGAAAAAAAGAUUAUAGCAAGUCGAGGAACAUAUAUCUGGUCGAAAUAUAUUUCUAUUGUAUUUCUUUUUAUCAAAGUAUUGAAUAGCGGAAUAGGUAGAUCCAGGCUUUGAGCAAAAAGGAUUCCAUACACGAAAACAAUUUGAACGAUAUGGGAUGUGGUUCAAGCAAAGGAACGGUUUCCGUUUCGAAAUCGCAGCCAUACGCAACCAAUAAUUCAUCAUUACCUCCAUACAAUGGAAUAUCAACGACUUCACAUCAUAAGACAAACUUGUCAUCCAAGAUGUAUUCUGAUGGAAGUGAAUUGCCCCCACCCAGACCUCCCGACCAAACUGUAGAAGAGUUGUUGAAGGACAAAAAAGAUUUGAUGAAGAAAAUGGACCAGCAUGCAACACAGGUUUCGUUUGAUAAGGCAGUCAAACAAGGUCUAAAUGAGUUCACAGACGAGACAUUGAUACCGAAAGAUACGAUUACAGAACAUGAAACACUGGAUGUCGUUGAAAAUAACAAUCAAAGUAGCCAAUUAGAAAUCGACGCAAUAAUUGCCACGACGUCGAUUGAAGACGAUCAAUCUGAUGAUGUCAUAAUGCAACCACCGGAAAGCACAUUUGAUCCCACAUCAUUGGGAAAUGAAAAAGAUAAUGCUGACGCGGCGGAACUUUUGCUGGAAAAAUACAAGCGAGAUACAGAAAAGGCCAAAAACUUGAUGAUGGUUGAUAAAAUGAGACACAAUAUUACACUUCAAGACAAAUUAGCCAAGAGGAAAGAAAUGAAAAGAAGAGCACAGGAAGCAGCAGCGGUGUCUCAUAAAGGUGAAUUGAGCAACGAAGGCGCACGAGUGCAGAGACAACUUUCCGGAGAAAUGGGAGAUAAGAAAAUGAUUGAGAACACUGACUUCAAUCAACAGCAAACAAUAAAUCAACCGUUAGAUUCGUUGGUGAAUGUUGCUAACAAUACUGAAGACGGAGAAGUGGAAGCGGCACAAGACAAAUACGAUGCUGUAAUGGCCGAAGCUGCACCUAUGCCAACAGCACCGGAGACAAGAAAAGAAGCUAUAUACGGAGAUGAAGACAAUAUAGAACUGUUUAAAGAUUUGGAAGAUUUUGCAAUCAACAUGGAGCAAAUAUCUUCACCUGCAACAACAUUUGCAAUCUUAAUGAACUCUUUGCUCAUAAAUCAAUUGUCCGACUUGGAAAAGGUGCGUAUCUUGUUUCAUUGGAUAACAAAGCAAGACCUGAACACAAUCAACUUUCCUGACAACAUAGAUGAAGACACGCCGAUGGGAUUUUUAUUCGCCAUAAAACACGGACGAAAAACAUACGCCGAAUUAUUCUCGCGUCUUUGCAGCGCUGCCGGACUUCAUGCCAAAGUUAUCACUGGAUAUUUAAAGGGAGUUGGCUAUUUACCAGACUACAAAUUUACUGGUGCAGGAGAUCCUUUUAGGGGAUCAUGGAAUGCAGUGUUAAUAAAUGGCCAAUGGAGACUAAUCGAUACACACUGGGGAGCGAGACAUGUUAUAGAGGAUGACGAUGUUCCCAGUGCAGAACACGAAACAAUCUACAGAUACGAAGAACAUUAUUUCUUAACUAAUCCAGAUCAACUUAUUGUAACACACUUUCCUGAUGAAGUAGAAUGGCAACUAUUAUCAAAUCCUAUAACAUUGGAGCAAUUCCAGGAAACAGUCAAGAUAUGGCCUCUCCAUUACAAGCUGAAGUUACAGUUAAACUCACAUCUACAUGGCGUUGUUCAAGCUCCACAAGAUGGCGUAGUAGAAAUUCGAGUAAAAACAUCAGAUUUUGCAAGACGAGAUGCAGAAUUUAAAUGUGACUUCAUGACGAAACAAAAGUUACGCAGUGUUGGCAAAUUUAAACUUGCAUGCUUCACGUUUCACUAUACUGAAAAAGAAUUUCAGGUCUUUCAGGUUCAUUGUCCUGCUGUUGGUGAAUAUAUUUUAAAGAUAUUCGGGAUGUCUAAAAAAUUUUCUGACGAAGAAGUAUUCACCAAUAUAGCUUUAUAUCAAAUCAAUUGUCCAAAAUUGAAAUCGAAAGGAAAACAUACUCCGAAAGAUCCGACAAAUGUACUGCCAUCUGAAAUAUCCGCUCCAUUCCCCGAAGUAAAUAUGCCAUGGGGACCACCAACAGGACCAAGAGCUCUUGCUGUAUCCCCCAUGUCACACGGAGGGCCAAUUAUAACCUGUGAUAAGAAUGGCGAAGCAACUUUAGUUAUGCAAAUACUGAGGGGAGAAAAUUUAUGCUUUUUACAGCAGCUGUAUGAAGCGGAUGGUAGAGUUGACACAACUAAACAGGCUCUUCAAGAUAAUGCUGUGCAUUUAACAACUAUGACAAGGAGUCAACAUCGAGCAGUCGUGUUUUGUAUUCGCACUCCCCAUUCUGGAAACUUUUCACUGAAUCUUUAUCUCAAUACGGAAUCUGAAGGAAAUUUCACUGGUUUCUGCAACUAUCUAGUUGUUUCACCCUCACAGUCGAAGCAAGCCGUACCCUUUCCAACAGUACCAAAUGGAGAUCUGGGGCCAAACGCGAAAAUCUGUCGUGACUUGGGAAUAUUUCCCAGAGCUUUUAAUAAGUACGUGACGCAUAACGCGGGUAAAUUCCUAUCAGAUUUUGGUGAAUCAUGGAUUCAAACAAAUGAAGAAAAUAUGGCAUUAAUCACAUUUACCCACUCGGAACCUAUGGUCUUUCUGGCUGAUUUGUCCGGAACAGGUCGCUGUGCUGGCGCAGACCUCUCCAGAAACAUUUUGAUAGAAGAUACAGGCAAAAAAGUACGAAUUAUCAUCCACCCUCCAAAAUUUGACCAUGAUUCUCCGGAAUGCGCGUUAAAAGUGUUCGCCGCGCCUGCCACUCAAAAGACAGGUAUACCUGUAGUUUAUACAGCGUUUGUUCAAAACGCUAGUAAAGAACCAAAACUUCUCCCUCAAUCUCCAACAAAAAGAUGGGGUCCCGGAACAAACAACCUUGAUGCUGAGUUUUCUGUGGUAUCGAUCUUGAACUCAGAACCAUCUUGGACAGUAGAUUGUGAAGAUGGCGGAAAAGAUCCUACGCCGUGUCAAAUGUAUAAAGGUGGCAAAGAUAUAGUCUUCCAAUUUGCACUAAAAAGGUCGUUGAUUUUGAAGCCUGUUUUUUCGAUCAUCCAGCAGAACGGGUCAUUUACUGAAGUUGGUGAUGGUUUCUCACUUAUAUCCAAAAUGGAUCAUUUAAGUGCUACAUUAUCUAUCCGAAUUCCGAAAGCUGGUGAUUAUUGUCUAUCGCUUUUUGGAGGAGAUUCGAGUGGUCAAAGCGUUCAACUGUUGCCUCUAUACUAUAGUCUCUUGUCAGCCACGGCAUCGAGUGAAUGCACAAGUCAAUUUCCACGUUCCUUCCCCAUAUGGAAUUCAAGUAUAUCGCAUCUCCACAGCCCUUCAAGUAAAGAUCUGAAACGUAAUAUUGUUAACAAAAUCAGCGUCUCAAUAAGCGAACGUUUAGAUACAACUUCACGGCCAUAUACAAAAGUUAUGUUGUUAACCGAUAAAUCACAAGCAGUGUCACCUUCCAGAACCGAUGCAAAUAUUAACCUCUAUGAAUGGGAAUAUGUUCCAGGCCCAGGAGAAAAGAUUGUUAGCUUGGUUGUACAAAAGACAGCUCAGGACUCAUCCUUGACAUAUGCACUACAGUUUGACGUAAUUUAAUUAUUUUUAAUUAAUAAGUAGAAAGUAAUUCAAUUUAAUUUUUAAUUUUUAAGUAGAAAGAUGUAGAAUUUCUGAGAAAUCGUUAAUAUUCAUUUGACAUGAUUCUCUUGAUGCCACUUUGAAAUUAUUUAGUGCCCUAUGCCAUUUGCAUUUUUUUGAAACACAUAAUAUAUAUAUAUAUUUACAAUAUAUUUCAUUUAAUGAUUGCAUGUAUUGCCUGAUAGAAUUAUAGUGUGAGCAUCGCUCAAGAUGAGUGCACUGUGUCAUUUGCAUUUUUCGAAGCACAAAAUAUAUAUAUUUACGAUA